AGAUAAACCUUCACGCAUUUUUGCCUCUGGCAAGCGCCAGUCUGGGGCAAAUAAAAUAAGAAGCCGAAUGCAGUCUCCCCAAGUGAAAUCAUCACACAAUAAAUAUCGGUCAAGAAUCAUUGGAAACGUCAAAGAAGGUCAAGGAUAUGCUGAUAAGAGGAAGAGGAGGUUUCUUAACAACUAUCAGAAACUGAGAAGGAAACAGAGACUCCAAGCUGAAAGGAGGCAGAGCGAAAAUGAAACGGACACGAGCGACAUCAAUUCAUUUGCAAAAAACAUCCAAUCUGCAUCAGAAAACAUAAAUUUAUCUGCCAAAAAUGUUCAGUCUACAUCGGAAAAUGGUGAAAGGGACUUCAACCCCACUUCAAAACACGACUUCAUUCCAAAGAGGAGCGAGGAGGGAAUUGGUGAAAGGACUCAAAAGAAUCUUAUUGAUAGAAGUGAAGGUGAAGAGAGAACUGGAGAGAAUGUGGUGAAAAAGAAACGAUUCAAGAAGCGCGGAGGCAAGAAGAAUGCCAAAAACCGGUUCAGCAAAGCCCAGGCAGAGUUUACAGAAAAGAGACGGGCGGAGGAGAUUAGAGUACAGAAUUUGAAACAACAGCAAACAGAGAGGGCGCUCGCCUUGGAACGUUACAAUAAGAAGAAGAAUGAACAGCAUCAGAAGCUGAAAAAGAAGUCCAGGAGAGGACAGCCUCUCAUGAAAUACCACAUGGAGGUGUUGCUAGAUAAGAUAAAAGCUCAAGAAAGAUGAUCAGGUAAAAAAACAACAACAAACUAUUGGGAUAUUUUAUAGGCCUAGUCAACCACAGUCUGUAAGCACAGACUUGAUUUUGACCUGUCAAAGAUUAUACCAUGUCUAGUAUUGGAGACUAGACUCCCAAUUCUGUCUGACAGAGGCAGCAACAGUACAUGUACAUGAGUGAAUCUAGUCUCACUACUUCAGACUGUAUUAUGCACUAUGCAAAAACCGUAUGUCUGUGCCUGCAGACCGAGUCAAACCUGUGAAUCGAAGAGAAAAAGGCAAGCAAGCCAAUCACUGGAUUUUCAUCAAAAUCAGAUUUAAGUAGCGACACUUGAAGAAGGAUAUUACAAAGAGAUCCCACUAGGGUUACACAGUACACAUAGGUUUUCAAUUUAUUCCUUUGACUAUUUUUAAAAGCAAUUUCACAUUUAUGAAAAAAACAUGCUUCACAUUGUACAAGUGGUAAGCAAGGAUUGAGAUACAUCUGAAGACCAAAUUUGGUUUGAACAUAAAA